AUGCCUCCUCCACCAAGACUCCCCGAGGGUGCUCACGGCCCGUCCACCAUGGACAAGUUGAAGAUGGGUGCUAUGAUGGGCGGCACUGUUGGUGCCAUUAUGGGUUUCGUCUUUGGAACCGUCAACAUCUUUAGAUAUGGCGCAGGCCCCAACGGUAUCAUGCGAACUUUGGGACAAUACAUGGCUGGAUCUGGUGCAACUUUCGGCUUUUUCAUGGGCAUUGGAAGUGUCAUCAGAACGGACGCAUCUCCUUUCGCCAACGAAGCAUUUCUACGAGCACAAAGAAGACCAUAUAUCGUGGCCGCGCAACAAGCCUACCGUCCCAGAUCCCAAUAG